AUGGCCGACAUUACAGAUCAGCACGACCAGACCUCUCCCACCGAGCUCGAUGAGCAGAACGUUGGCAAUGGUAACGCCACAGAGUCUCGCGGUAUCAAGCGUCAGCGUCCUUCAGCUGGCGACGACGACGACGAUGAUGACGAGAAGGGCAGCCGUGAGCGUCGCAAGAUUGAGAUCAAGUUCAUCAGCGACAAGUCUCGCCGACAUAUCACAUUCUCCAAGCGUAAGGCUGGAAUCAUGAAGAAGGCGUACGAGCUUUCUGUCCUCACAGGCACUCAGGUGCUACUUCUUGUCGUGUCCGAAACUGGUCUUGUCUAUACCUUUACCACACCUAAGCUCCAGCCUCUUGUGACCAAGUCUGAAGGCAAGAACUUGAUUCAGGCAUGUCUCAACGCACCCGAGCCCACCCCAGGUAACGAGAACGGCGUUGAUGGUGGCGACCAAGUCGAGUCUCCCGAAGAGCCUCCUAACCAACACCUCCCUCCUCAGGGCAACCGGCCUGGUAUGCCCCAGAACCCUCACAUGCCACCCAACAACUAUAUGCCCAACAUGCCCAUGGAUCCCCAGCAAGCUUUGGCUUACCAAAGCUACGUACAACGAAAUCAGGCUUACGGCUCAGGUAUACCUCCUCAGCCAGGUAUGCCCGCCAACAGCCAUCACCAGUCGUAA